AUGCUGUUGUGUGCUGUUCGCUUACUACACACUGUGGGUCAUCGUAUCUCCGUUCUAUCCUCCACUGGCAGGACUCUUCCCCUCCGUCCGGUUUGCUCUUCUGAUCCCAGCAGCCUCUGGGACCAUCUUCAUCGGAUUUCUCAUGCUGUACACCUUUGUUGCAUUGAAGACACAAUAGUUUCAAAGGGAGACAUGUCAGGAUGGGUGGUGGUGGGAGUGUCAGGAGUCACGUGUGGUGGGAAGACAACAUUUGCCACAGCCUUACAUCAGGCCUAUACCGGGUCUGUGAUUAUACACCAGGAUCACUACUUCCUACCCAUUGAUGAUCCACGCCACAUUCUUGUUCCAGAACUCGGACACCUUAAUUGGGAGAUUCCCUCAUCUUUGGACAUGAAUCGCAUGUACAAGGAUGUGGAUAGUGUUCUCUCCAGACCACCACCAGUCGGGACUUUGUCUUUACUGAUCCUAGAGGGAUUCCUGAUAUUGUCAGAUCCAUACCUAUCAUCACUGUGCCAUCAUAAACUACUGUUUACUUUGACACGUGAAGUGUGUGAGGCGAGACGAAGUGCACGAGUGUAUGACCCACCUGACGUACCAGGCUAUUUCUCUCGUGUGGUAUGGCCUGAGUAUGAGAGACAGCUCCAAUUGGCAUUGGCAAUGAAUCCAGACAUGAAUCUUGUGUCAGGAAACACAGAUGCUCAAGAGCUUCUACAACAACUCAAGCUCACCUUAGAUUCUCAAUUGCCUUUAUUAAAAUCAAGUGAUUCUGAGAAUAGCAUCUCAAUAUCACACUAGAUUCUUCAAGUGUCAACGCCUAUGACAAUAAGAGGUUUGGAAAUCUCUAUCUCGUUCUAGACUCUUGUGUGUCAACAACUGCAUCAGGCAGGGUUUAGGAAAACACAUCAAGCUCACCAUAGACUCUCAACCCAUUAUCAUGUAAAGCCAUGUGUUUGGACAACAUUUCCUCAUGAAUGUUCAUCACACCACUUAUGUGCAGCUGUGAGGAUAACAGAUGAAAUUCACCCUACACUCAUGAGUACAGCCUAUAUUUGGGAGUCUGGACAACUUCACAUUGACUCUAGUAUACCACUUACUUAUAUUUGUCUAACUCACCUUGGACUCGUGACCACUCUAGACUCUCAACCUCCUCAGUUGACAAGCAGAGGCAUUCAAGGUUGUAUUUAAAGAUUGCCAUAGACCUUAGACUGUCACAACGUACAUUAAAAGGAUUGGCAUAUCAAGCCUAAAAUGAAUUCUCAUCUACCUCUGUCUAAACUUAUUUGGGACUUUUGACAGUUACCAUCACAAUCCAAGGAGUAUACAUUUAAAGUUUAGUUUAUAUUUUAAAUAACUAGUUGUUAUUAAAGUUUUGUAUUAUA